CCGGAAGCAUAUCCUCCCCGUCCCCAACCGAGAUGGCGGCAGCGGCGGCCAGGUGGGUGCUGUUGCCUGCGGCCCGGCGGCGGCUUUGGGGUUUCACGGAGAGGCUUCUGGUUGGAGGCGCUGCCAGGAGGUCAUUAUAUUUUGGAGGGAACAGAUGGAGAAAUACACAGGCUGCUACACAGGUUGUUCUGAAUGUUCCUGAAACGCGAGUAACGCGUUUGGACAACGGACUCAGAGUGGCCUCUGAAGACUCUGGGCUCUCAACAUGCACCGUUGGGCUCUGGAUUGAUGCCGGAAGUCGGUAUGAAAAUGAGAAGAAUAAUGGCACAGCUCACUUUUUGGAGCAUAUGGCUUUCAAGGGCACCAAAAAGAGAUCCCAGUUAGAUCUGGAACUUGAGAUUGAAAACAUGGGUGCUCAUCUCAAUGCCUAUACCUCCAGAGAGCAGACUGUAUAUUAUGCCAAAGCAUUCUCUAAAGAUUUGCCAAGAGCUGUAGAAAUUCUUGCUGAUAUAAUACAAAACAGUACAUUGGGAGAAGCAGAGAUUGAACGUGAACGUGGAGUCAUCCUUAGGGAGAUGCAGGAAGUUGAAACCAAUUUACAGGAAGUUGUUUUUGAUUAUCUUCAUGCCACAGCUUAUCAAAAUACUGCACUUGGACGGACUAUUUUGGGUCCAACUGAAAACAUCAAAUCUAUAAAUCGUAAGGACUUGGUGGAUUACAUAACCACACAUUAUAAGGGGCCAAGAAUAGUACUUGCUGCUGCUGGAGGAGUUUCCCAUGAUGAACUGCUUGAGUUAGCCAAGUUUCAUUUUGGUGACUCUUUGUCCACACACAAAGGAGAAAUACCAGCUCUGCCUCCCUGCAAAUUCACAGGAAGUGAGAUUCGAGUGAGGGAUGACAAGAUGCCUUUGGCACAUCUUGCAAUAGCUGUUGAGGCUGUUGGUUGGGCACAUCCAGAUACAAUAUGUCUCAUGGUUGCAAACACACUGAUUGGCAACUGGGAUCGCUCUUUUGGAGGAGGAAUGAAUCUAUCUAGUAAGCUGGCCCAGCUCACCUGUCACGGCAACCUCUGUCAUAGCUUCCAGUCUUUCAACACGUCCUACACAGAUACAGGAUUAUGGGGCAUCUAUAUGGUUUGUGAACCGGCCACCAUUGCAGAUAUGCUACAUGUUGUUCAGAAAGAAUGGAUGCGACUCUGCACAAGUGUAACAGAAAGCGAAGUUGCACGAGCCAAAAAUCUUCUGAAAACAAACAUGUUGUUGCAACUUGAUGGUUCCACUCCAAUCUGUGAAGAUAUUGGCAGGCAAAUGUUAUGCUAUAACAGAAGAAUUCCCAUCCCUGAGCUUGAAGCAAGAAUUGAUGCUGUAAAUGCAGAGAUAAUCCAAGAAGUGUGCACCAAAUAUAUUUAUGAUAAGAGUCCAGCUCUUGCUGCUGUUGGUCCCAUUGAGCAACUGCCAGACUUUAACCAGAUUCGCAGUAACAUGUGCUGGCUUCAUGAUUAAAAUGCUCCUAAUCAACAUAUUUCGACCAUAUAUAUUUAUACAGCUAACAGAUCUGCAAGUUUUAAGCUACCAGUCCCUCGAGAAAAAAAAUAUACUUGAAAAUUUGAAUGAAAUACUGCAUCAGACUUUGAAAGGCUAUAAGACCACCACAGCGAAUGGUAGAUAGCACGCUUUGAAAUUAUCACUUGAAAUAGAAUUUUAAGAAUGAAAAUUUGUACAAUAUUUUCAGUUUUAUUAUAAAAAUGCACACACAACAAA